GUGCUUUACUUCUCUUUUCCUUCUCUAUAUAAACCUAAGAAGAGACACAAAGUCUGCAGAUGAGAUAAGAUGGAGUUCGGAUCGGUGAUAUUUUUGCUCUGCUCUGCUCUUGUCGGGCACAGCGCCGGAUUCACCACAACUGAUUAUUCCUGCCAGAAUAACUGCGGCUACUAUAUCGGCUCGUGUUCCUGCUCCAGCUCCUGUCUUUACUACGGAAACUGCUGUCAUGAUUAUCACAAUUACUGUGUCGGCACAACAACACCACCAGCAACAGCCAUAAGUACGCCGCCGACGCCACCGACUACGCCACACGCAGACUAUAUUACCUGCAGGAAUCGUUGUGGUUAUGAUGGUGGUAUCUGUUCCUGCACCAGCUCCUGUCGCUAUGGAGGACACUGUUGUGACGAUUAUGACUAUUAUUGUAGCAACGCAACUGUAGCACCAACAGCAGUUACAGCUGAUUAUUCCUGCCUGAAUAACUGCGGCUACAAUUUCGGCUCAUGUUCCUGCUCCAGCUCCUGUCGUUACAAUGGAAACUGCUGUCAUGAUUAUUACGAUUACUGUGUCGGAACAACAGCACCACCAGCAACAGCUUAUUAUUCCUGCCGGAAUAACUGCGGCUACAAUUUCGGCUCGUGUUCCUGCUCCAGCUCCUGUCGUUCCUACGGAAACUGCUGUCAUGAUUAUUACGAUUACUGUGUCGGCACAACAACACCACCAGCAACAGCUUAUUAUUCCUGCCGGAAUAACUGCGGCUACAAUUUCGGCUCGUGCUCCUGCUCCAGCUCCUGUCGUUCCUACGGAAACUGCUGUCAUGAUUAUUAUGAUUACUGUGUUGGAACAACAGCACCACCAGCAACAGCUUAUUAUUCCUGCCGGAAUAACUGCGGCUACAAUUUCGGCUCGUGUUCCUGCUACAGCUCCUGUCGUUACUACGGAAACUGCUGUCAUGAUUAUUACGAUUACUGUGUCGGCACAACAGCACCACCAGCAACAGCCAUAAGGACGACGCCACCGCCGACGCGGCCGCCAGAGCCGGAGCCGUCCACAGACUAUAUUACCUGCAGGAAUCGUUGUGGUUAUGAUGGUGGUAUCUGUUCCUGCACCAGCUCCUGUCGCUAUGGAGGACACUGUUGUGACGAUUAUGACUAUUAUUGUAGCAACGCAACUAUAUCACCAACAGCAGGUGAAUUUGUUUGUGGUGAAAAUCUGGUUCAGUCACGAGGUGAAUUUUUCAGCCCCCUUUACCCCGGUAAUUAUCCCAAUAACGCACGCUGCACAUGGACCCUGCAGGCUGGAGAACUGCAGAUGGUUCUGUUAAACUUCACGUUUGUCGAUUUGGAGUCAUGCUGUGACUUCAUCCGUGUUUAUGAUGGUCCGACUGCUUAUCAUUCACUUUUGGGUUCUAUCACGGGAAAUCAGAUCGGUUUCUUCAACUCCAGCUCUCGCUACAUGACGGUUGUUUUCUCCACUGAUGGCAGCGUGACACGACGGGGUUUUCGGGCUGAAUGGUCUUUCAAAUAUAUUCCAAUGUGCAAGGACCGAUGUGGCACCAGCAACAGCAGAUGCUCCUGUGAGAGUUCCUGUGAACGAUACGGAAGAUGCUGCCAUGAUUAUUAUGAUUACUGUUCCUACACAACGUCACCUCCUGUACCAGCCUGUGGGGGGAGUCAUUAUGGCUCAGGCUUCAUUUCCAGCCCAUAUUACCCUGGUUAUUACCAUGACAACGCAUACUGUGAGUGGCGGCUCUCGGCUCCGGCAGGACAGACCAUCUUUCUCUCUUUCCAGGACUUUGAUCUGGAGCGCUGCUGCAACUGUGACUAUGUGAAUGUGUAUGACGGUCCAUCCACUGCAUCACGCUUGUUAGGAAAGCUCUGUCACAAUUCCACAAACCAUCUGGACUUCCAGUCAUCCUCGUCCUACAUGACCGUACUGUUCAGGAGUGACUACUCCGGGGUCGGGCGUGGCUUUAAAGCCUACUUCAGCUCUUCCCUCAACCAAAAUACAGGCAGAGUGGAUUGCUCCUCUGACUGGAUGAACAUCGCCAUCCGUAAAUCGUAUUUGGACUCUCUGGGCUUCAGCUGGCAUGACCUUUACCUGGAUGACCAUCGCUGCAGACCUUCAACUGACUACAACUAUGUCACCUUCAACUUCCCGCUCAACAGCUGCAGCACCAGGAGAAAGACAGAGAAUGGCCGUAUUAUUUACACCAACAAUGUUCGAGCAGCUCAGUCAACAUCUGGUGAGAUCACGCGACGUGAUACAAACUUCCUGAUGUUUGUGAGCUGUGUGAUGGAGCGUGAUUCUUCAGUCGGGACACUUUAUGAAGCCAAAGAAUCUGCAAAUGCAACCAUCAGUGGAACUGGUCACUUCAACACCACCAUGGCCUUUUUCCCUUCCAGCAGCUUUUCCUACCCCAUCACAGAAUCUCCCUACAAAGUGGACCUCAAUCAGCAACUGUAUGUCCAGGUGCAGCUAAAGCGAGCAGAACCAAGCCUCCACCUGUUCAUGGACACCUGUGUGGCCUCACCCAACCACGAUUUCACCGGCCGCACAUAUGACCUUAUACGCAAUGGGUGCAGUAGAGAGAGCACGGUAUACAUAUACAGAAACGGAGAUCGUUACUUUGCUCAGUUCAGCUUCCGUGCAUUCAUGUUCCUGCGCACACACAACCAGGUAUUCCUCAGGUGUGAUGUCAUUAUCUGCGCUGACAACGACUACAACUCACGUUGUCGCCAAGGAUGUCGUAAUCGCAGGAAACGAAGCUCGAGCUCUGAUCACCACACUGAGGUUAUCACCGUUGGGCCAAUCACACUGAAAGGUCCAGAGGAGGUUGCAGCCAAAAAAGAGGAUGUGGCAUGAACUCACAGUAACUGAUUUAUUGCCUUGUCUGAUUAAUGACUUAAUUGUAGUUAACAAUGAAUCACUUUACUAACCUUCAUCGAUUAAAGCAUUCUUCAAAGUCA